AGGCCUCCCGCAGGAGUCUCGUUCCAAGGGGAUUCGCGCCCACUCCACGGCCCGAUGUGGGGUUCCAGCAGACACUUGUGUUCCCUUGGAUGGUCCAGAGCCAGUUCUCUGGGUUCCAGUGACAGGAGGCAGAGGAAGAACCACACCAGCAAACUUCAUGAGUUGGCACUUCUGUUGCCUGUGGCCCUGAAGACGGGCACCAAGAAGCUCACCAAGAAGGAGAUUCUGCUACACGUACUGCGUUACAUUCAGUACCUCCAGAGGAGUAUCGACGUGGCCAAGACCUUGCUCAAAUUCCACGCCACCAAUGGGGAAGGCGGACUUGGGGGGCUGGGUAGGAACAGGGCCUCGGGCCCCGCACGGGGGAGACACUGCACCCCUUCGAGCUCCCUGCACUCUCGCAAGUCCCGUCUUCAGGGCGCCUGCUGGAAACCCCGGAAGAAGAAACCCACCGGAUUGUCAGAACGCCAGACCCGGACCCAGAACGCUCGCCGCUGUCUGGCCCUGGACAAGCCCAAGAAGUGGGUGACCCCAUCCCCAGAGCAGCAAGGAAGAAACAUGGGGGGCACUGCCACCCCUUCAAGAUGUGCCAGCUCCUGCUGUCACCCCAAAGUUGCAUCAUCCCUGCCUCAAGGUGACAGGAAGGGAGGAAGAUCCCGGCUGACGUUGUUGGACAUGGCUGAGAACAGCAUCCACUGUGACUUCUCAGGGUGCUGCUGCGGAGUCAGCGGCCAGGGCGAUGGGCUCCACAGCGCCUUCAAGGCCCAGCAAGGAACUGAGCAGAUCUACUUUCUCAACAGGACCCAGCCCUGUCCCAGGCAGAAGCUGGUGUUCUACGAUUCCAGCGAGAAGCUGGACAAGGAGUCCCCAGAUGCUGACCCUUGGCUUCCUGCCUGGACCCUGGAGGGCAGCCCGCCUGGGAGCCCGCUGGCCUUGGGGCCUCCCCAGAUUAACAACUGCAGUGUGACAGGCCACCCAAGUGAUAUCCUAGGGCUCAGUCCCUCCCUCUUCAGCUCCCCAGGGAAGCUGCCGCCAGAUCAGAUCCUGGGGGAUGGCACUGAGUUCCUGACCCAAGCUCUCUUUGAAGAAGUGUUCCUAGAUCCCGAGUCUUUCCCUUCUGACAGCAUGCUUGAGGCGCUCCAGAGCAAGGAGAUGCCCUUGGAGGCCCCCGAAGACCCCCCGGACUCCCACAGCCUGUGUCAGUCCUCCGUCUCGCUUGACCACUGCUACCUGUCGCUGAGCGAGAACAGCAAGGCGCCGUCCAGCUCCAGCUCCAGCUCCAGCUCCCGCUCCAGCUCCAGCUCCCGCUCCAGCUCCAGCUCCAGCUCCAGCUCCAGCUCCAGCUCGGGGGACACAGACACUGAGUCGGUGUGCAGGCAGCAGGAGGACGCUCAGGCCGACCCCGAGGGCCUGCCGCCGUCGUCCAGCGACGAGGACGGAGACUACACGUGGACCCCCACCCGGCGGGCCGCCCCCCUGCCCGUGGCAGGGAGGAAGGCCAGGAAGGGCCGGGCGGGCCAGGGCCCAGCGAAACCCAAGGAAAACAAGAAAGCCCCCUGCCCAACGCAGAUGAAGAAAAAGUGCGUCAACGGCUUCAUCAUGUUCUGCAGGAUGAACCGGAAGCCGGGCGGGCCAGGGCCCAGCGAAACCCAAGGAAAACAAGAAAGCCCCCUGCCCAACGCAGAUGAAGAAAAAGUGCGUCAACGGCUUCCCCCGCCAAGAGCAUGUUGCUCCUGCUGUCUGACGCAUUUGCCCCUUCCGGAAAUGACCCAUUGA